AUGAAUGAAAAUAAUAGCAAAAAUGUUGUUGUGGAUAAGCCUAUUAAAAAUGCUGAAGAAGAAAAGAAAAAGGUUGAAGAUAUAAAUAGUUUAUAUGAUAUAUUGAAAAAUGUGAGUAAUAAUAAUGAUAUUUUUAAUAAUGAUGAUUAUAUUUUAAAAGAAUUAUAUCCUUUAAUAAAAAAUGUUAUAGGAGAUAAUAAAAAUAUUUGUUACCAUUAUAAUAAAUCAUUUAUGUUAAAAAGAUGGUGUUUAAAAAUUUUAUAUACAUUAAUAAAUAAAAUUAAGGAUAUGAAUUUGUUUCUUGAUAUUUUUAAUAUGUGUUCAAAACUAAUUAUAAGGGAGAAUGAGAUGAAUUGUCUGAGUUGUAUUAAAAUAAUCAAUGUAAUCCUUGAAGAAAAUAAAAAUAAUUUGAACAUGUUUGACGUAGAUACUUAUAUAAAUGUGAUAUGUCUAUCUAUUUUGAAAAAUUUUUAUAAGAAAAUAAUAUAUAAGGUAAAAAAGGGAAAAUUCCUCAAGUCUUCAAUUAGUAUAUAUAUGAAAAAAAAAAAAAAAAAAAAAAAAAUUGAAAAAAAAGUAAAAGUAAAGGAAAAAGAAUAUAAGAAUAUUAUUUAUUUGCAAAAAAAAAAAAAAGAGAGAUAUAUUUUAAACAGUACAGAUUCUAUCAAAGUAAUCAAAGAAAUCGUAUUAUCUGUUCUUUUUAUAAUACGUAUAUAUCCGAAUGUUAUAAAUAAUGUUGGGAAGUACUUAAAUAUAUUAUGUAAAAUAUUAUCUAUAAUUAAUAUGUACGAUUUUAAAUUAGAAUCUUCCUUUUUUAUUGAGACAAUUGUCGAAGCGAAUAAUUAUUAUUCAAAUAAUAAAAAUGAUACAAAUCAAAAGAAUGAUAAGUCCAAUAUGCAUAUUAUUAAAAAUGUUUUUUAUUAUCAAUAUAUAAAUAAAUCUGAAAACACAGAGCAUAAAAAAGAAUGUAAGACUAACCAUUUAAUAAAUGUACCUUCCAAAAUAGACAAGAAUAAAUGUUCUCUUUUGUUAUGUAAUAAUAAAAGUGAUGAGUUUGAUAACAAUGGUAACCUUCAUCUUAUGUUUAAUGAAAUAUGUCAUGAUAUGGAUAAGAACAAAAUGUAUGAUGGUUUCCCCUUUGAUCAUAAUCAUAAUGCAGCUUUGGUAAAUAAAUUAGAAUGUUUUAAUAAAAGUACAAAUGAUUGUAUUUGUUUGGAGUUGGAGGGUAUUCAUAGACAAGAACUUAAUGAGAAACAAAAAAAAAAAAACAAAAAAAACAAAAAAAAAAAAAAUGAAGACAUUAAAGGGGAUGUAAAAUAUGAUGUUAAAGGGGAUGUAAAAGAUGAUGUAAAAGAUGAUGUAAAAGAUGAUGUAAAAGGUGAUAUAAAAUAUAAUGUUAAAGGUGAUGUAAAAGAUGAUGUAAAAUACAAUGUUAACCAUGUAGACAAUUUUGUUAAUGACCAGACGAACAAUAGUUCUUAUGUUAAUAAAUUAUUAUAUAAUAAUAAUUGCUUGUAUUAUGAGAAAUAUAAAUGGUAUGAUAUAAAGAAUGUUAUUAAUAUAAAAUGUUGUGAAAAGAAAAAAUUUUGUAAACAUGUUAAUUAUAACAUGUAUGAACUUGAUAGAAAUAAACAUAUGGACUUAUUAACUUUACAAAAUGGUAUUAUUUAUAUGAUUUGUUAUUUAUUAAGAGAAGAUAAAAAAAAUAAAUUUUGUCAUUAUAAAGAGUUUGUAAUAAAGAAAGUUAUAUAUAUGUUAAUUAAUAAUCAACAUGAUUAUAUUGAAAAAAAAAAAGAAUUUAUUGAAAAUAUCCGUAUGUUUUUACAUAAUAGUUUCGAUGAACAAAUGAAAUAUUACAUUUCAUUUUUUUUAAAUCCGUUUUUAUAUAAUAAAAGGAAUUAUAUAUAUAUAAAUAAGCAAAGCUUAUUAAAUAUAUAUAUAUUUUCUUUAAUCCAUGAUAUGUUAUUAUAUUAUAAAAGUAAGAAUGUUUGGAAUUAUGAUACAAUUAAUUUAUGUAUAAGUAAUUUUGUCGAUGUACUUAUGCAUAAACAAGCAUAUAUAUAUAUUCAAAAUGUUUGUAUAAAUAUGUUUGUAUAUAUAAUUAAUAUAUUAUUUAUGAUUAAGAAGAGAAAUGGAACCUUCUUUUCAUUAUAUUUUUUUAUUUUGAAUAUCCUGAUGAAUAAAUGUGAAUCUUUAAAGGAAGAAAUUUAUAACAAGAUAUAUAAGCGCAUACAAAGGUUAAGAAGAAUAUCAAAUAAUAGUAAGGGGCAGGAGAAAAGAAAGAAUAAGAUAAAGGAAAAAGAAAAUACUGAAUUUUAUACCGAUAAUAAAAAAAAGAUGAUAUGUAAUAAUUAUUAUAGUGAUUGUACAUAUGAUACAAAUCGUUUUGUAAAAAGAAGUAUAAUAAAAAAUGUAAAUAUAUAUAAAAGGAGUAGUAUUAUUAGUAGUAAUAGUAUUUGUAAUAGUAUUUGUAGUAAUAUUAACUAUUUAUCGCUUAGUCGUGAUAAAAAAUGUAGUCAUUCAAAAAAUGCUUUAAAUUUAAAAAAUAAUAAAGGAUAUAGGAAGACUAAUAAUAAUUUGUAUAUUAUUAAAAAGAGAAAUUACCAUAAAAUGUAUCAUAUACUUAUAGCAUAUAAAUAUAUUUUAUAUGCUCUUCAGGUGUGUAUAAAAUAUAAUAUAUAUUAUAUAUAUAUAUAUUUUAAUCAAGAUAUUAUAAAUAAUAAUAGCUCGAAUGUGUUAAUACAACAAGGAGAUGAUAUAAAAACAUAUUUUUUAAGAAAUGAUGAUAUAACUAAAGACGAUAAAAUUACUCAGAAACAAAAUCAUUCUAUUCAUAAUACGAAUUACAAAUUUAAUGUAAAAAAGACAAAGAAUGGAGCUAAAUAUAAUUACGAAAAAGCUCAUAAUAUAUGUAAUAUGAAUAUUAAAAAGGUAGAGAAUAAAAAUAAUAAUAUUAUAAGUAAAACUAUUAGAAAGGAAAAAAAUAGUAAGGCAAAUAACAUAAAUUCAAACCUUCGAUUAAUAAAUAAAAAUAAUAAUAAUAAUAAUAAAAAAUGUAAAACUAAUGGAAGUGAUUCGAUAAAUAGCUCAAGUGUAUGUGCCAAUUCAUAUCGUCAGAAUAAUCAAACCCAAAAGAAUAAUUCAGAAAUUGAUGAAGUCAUAAAUCUUCAAUUAAAAAAAUGUGGAAAAACAUUUGAUAAUUCUAAUCAUAUAUCUGAUGAAGGUUAUGCCUCUUUGUAUAAGACGAAAGAAUCCAAUAUACCAAGAGACAGUAUAAAAAAUUUGAAUAAUGAAUAUAUUCAUAAAGAGGAAUUUAUUUUGAACCAAAAUAUGAAUGAAGAAAAUGAUAAUGAUAAGGAUGUUUGUUAUAAAAAAGAUUUUAAGGAUCUAGAAAAAGAUAUAUACACACCAUAUAACUUUUUUAAUAAUAGUAAUAAUUUUUUUUUUAAUAAUAACGAUUUUGUUCAAAACGAUUUAAAUUAUUAUGUAAAUUAUUAUAAUAAAGAAAAUCAAGAAAAGUUAAAUAAUAUUAUAAAUUGUAAUAAUCUAAAUAAUACACAUUCUUCAGAUGUUUUACAUCUUUUGCCCUUUUUUGAUCAUAAUGGUCCUUUUGAAUAUGUGAAAAAUUUGGAUACAAAGAAGAAUGAUAUAAAUAUAUCUUAUCAUGACAAAACAAUGAUGGAAAAUAAAAUAAUGAAAGGACAUAUAUCUGAUGUAAAUACAAAUAAUAAUAUAAAUGUAGAUUAUUCUGUAGAUAUGUCUCUUAAUAAUAAUGAAAAUAAUAUUAAUAAAAAAUUUAUGAAUGAUAUGAGUAGUAAUAUUUCAAUGAUACAUACCUUAUAUGGUAACAAAGAUUUACAUCAUGAGAAUACAAAGAUAGAAGAGCAUAAGCAAUGUAAUGAUCAUGAAUAUUUUGAAGAUAUGUAUAGUAUAGAAGAUAUCAAUAUAAAUGCUUCAAAGAAACUGUUUCUCUUUUCUUAUGAUAUGAAGGAUAUAUGGAUAAAGAAAAUAUAUAAACUUUUUUAUAAUAUGAUAAUUUGUUUAAUAUUGUAUCACCAUAGUUUUUGUUAUAUAACAAUGAACAUUUUUGGAGGGAAAUAUUUUCAAAAUGGUAAGAAUAUCGAGUGUGAUGUUAAUAUGACUUAUGGGUAUAAUAAAAAGGAUGAUAUUAAUAAAAAUAUUAAUGAGGAUAUUAAUAAAAAUAUUAAUGAAGAUAUUAAUAAAAAUAUUAAUGAGGAUAACAAUAAUCCGCAUAAUUACCAAAAUAAACAUAAUUUACCAUAUGUUGAAUCGCAUAAUUACCAAAAUAAACAUAAUUUACCAUAUGUUGAAUCGCAUAAUUACCAAAAUAAACAUAAUUUAUCAUAUGUUGAACCGAAUAAUUAUGCCUUAAAAAUUAAAAGACAAAACAUAAAAUCCAAAAUCAAAAGUAAAUUUUAUGAAUGCCUUCUUUAUAUUAAAGAAGAAGAAAAAAUUUUAUUUUAUAUGUGUGCAGAUAUAAUUAUAUAUCUAAGUCGAAAUAAUUUUUACGAUUUUAUAAAUUAUUCCAUUGAUGUUUUAUAUAAAUUAUUAUUCCAAUAUCCUCAAAUUUUUUAUAUCUUUCAUGUGUUGGCAUCUUUAAAACACACCAGUGUUAUAUUUUCCAAGGUAUGUUUAAAUUAUUUAAUAAAAAAAUUUAAAAAUUAUUUACAUAUAAAAAAUAAACUGAAUCCACUACUUUAUUAUAAUCAUGAUGUUAGAAUAAAAUUGGAAGGUGAUAUAUAUAAGAAAAUGUUUAAAUAUAAAUAUAUGUCUCCUUAUGAAUGCUUAUUAAGUAUAAGUAGCUCUUCUAAGGUUAAAAAAUGUAAUAUAAUUGAUUUACAUGAAAAAAAUAAUAAAAUAAAAUAUUAUGAUACUACUUGUUGUACGACACAAAAAUUGUAUGAUCGAAAAUAUGAAUAUAAUAAUGUAAUUAACUUACCAUAUUGUAAUGAUGAAAGAAUAAAGUCAUCUUAUAAUAAUGUGAACGAUUGUUAUAAUAAUAAAAAGAGACAUAAAAAAAUUAAUAGAAAUAUAAAAAAUUUAUUACCACCCUUAAAAUAUACAAACAUAUCAAAACAUUAUUUAUAUAAGAAGAGCUUUAAACAGUGUAAUAUAAAUAUGAAAGAUCGAAAUAAAUAUAUUAAAAUUAAUAAAGCAAAAAAACAGUUUCAUAUUUGUGGUGACUUUUUGGAUUUUCCUAUUUUUGAAGAAUAUAUAAUUAAAAAGGAAAUUAAACGAGAAAAUGGAAAAGAACUUAUAUCUCCUUAUAAGGACUUACAUAAUCUUUAUUUCAAUAAAUGUUUUAAUGAUGAUCCCUUGAAUGAACUAAACAUUAAGGACAAUGAAUAUAUGAACAAAAAUGAUAAAUGGUUGAAUAACAUGAUGAUCUGUUUAAAAGAAAUAAAAAAAAAGAGAAAUAAGCAAUUUUUUUUUCAUGAUUUGUCAAAGCGUGAUUUUUUGAAUUCCAAAAAUUUUGUUUUAAACAAAAAGCGUAUUAAUAUUAAUAUUAAUAUUAAUAAUGGGUUAUUUAAGGAUGAAACGUGUUGUUUAAAUAGAUGUACUAAUAAAAGAAUAAUAAAUGAUAAAAAAUUAUCAUUCUUAAAAUUGAAUAAAUAUAAUGUAACACAUUUUUUGUCUGAUGAUGAAUAUAUUAGAAAAAGAAAUAAUCAUUCAGAUGAAUGCUAUUAUAACAAAAAUAAAUAUAUGUACCACCCAUUAUAUAACAAUUAUAAUGAUGUUCAUGAAAAUAUGCUUUCACAUAAGUCAAAUUUAUUUAAUAAUGCUUAUAAUAUAUAUUGGUCCCACAACGAAUUAAAUAUUAGAAUGAUUUAUUUUUUUUUGAAUUACAUCAAAUUUUACCAGUAUGAAAAUAUGAAUUUCUUGAAAGAGCUAGAUAUGAUGUGUAAAAUAUGUUUAGAUUUAAUAUUAAAGGAUUAUAAGUGUAUUGAAUUAAUUAAUUUAUUAAAAUAUAUAUUUGAAACGAUCUGUUAUAUAAAUAUUUCCACUGAUUUAAUGAAAAGCAAAAAAGAGAAAAAACAAGAUGAUAAUAAUAAAAAGAAACAAAAAAUAAACGAUGAAUAUUAUAAUAUAAAUCAUACAGAAUAUAUGAAUAAAAAAUCUGGACAUGGUGGUGUUAUAAUAGAAAAUUACUUGAAAAAUGCAAAUGAUAAGAAGAUCCCAGAAGUAAAUAAAAAUAUGAACGAUGUAAAAAGUGAUGGUAUAACAAAUUUGAAUGACAAUAAUAUAAAGUGUGAUAAUUAUAAUAGUUUAUAUUAUAGCGAUAAAAAUGUAUACAGCAAUAUAAGCAAUUCUUUGAAUACUUAUGAUAUUAACGAAAAAUUUGAACAAGAUAAAUGUACUAUUAAAAAUGACAAUUCUUUUGAUAGGAAUAAAGAAAGUUAUAACCCUAAUGUAGGUAAUGAAAAAGAUAUUUAUUCUUACAGUAGUAUUCAUAAGGAUGAUAAAAAUAUGUGUUAUAUAAAUACAAGCUAUAUAAUACAUGAUUUCUUAAAAUGGUUUGAAAAUGUUCAUUUUGAAGUACCCAAAGUAGUUAGAACAUUAUUGUGUGAAUUAUGUUUACAGUUGCCAGUAAAUUAUUUUUUGAAAGAUCAUUUUAAUAUUUAUGUAAAAUCUUUAUUAAUUUGUUUAAAAUCAAAAAACCUGCACAUUAUAAGUGUUGCAUUAAAAUGUAUCGAAGAUAUUAUGUGUCAUACAAAUAAUAAUAGUUUAAAGGGUAUUAUAUGUUCGUCCAUAUUUUUUGAUAAUAAAAAUAAAAAGAAAUCUUACAUUUUUACAAAAUUGCUGAAUUUGUUGAAAAAAAAUAAUAUAUAUUAUACAUCACAUCAAUUUGAUUUUAAUAAAAUAUAUUUUGAAAAAAAUAAUUUACUACAAUAUUCUUAUUAUGAUAAGAUAAUAUAUGAAAAGGAAAUGAAUUUAUUUCAAUAUAAUUUUAUGCAUCCAUAUUAUGAAAAAAUAUUACCUGAACAAGCAAGGAAAAAAAAAAAAAUUAUACAAAUAAAUUCUGAACAUGUUAAUAAUUUUUAUAAAGUUUUAAGAAUAUGUGAAAAUUUUAUUGGACAGCAUGGAACAUUGAAUAAUAAUUUGAGGGAAAUGGAUUAUAAGAAUUUUGGAGAAUCUUUUAUAAGGAUAGGUUUUUUGUUAAAAAAGGAAACAAGUAUAAAUAAGAAUAAUGUACAAAUUGAAGAUACGCAAAGAAAAAAUGUGGUUGAUAAUUAUAAUUUAUAUGAUGUAAUGAGUAAACCGAAUGAGGAUACAAUAAUAAUGGAUGGACAAAAAACAGAUGCGAAUGAAUACACGAAAGAUAAUAAUAAUAAUAAUAAUAAUAAUUUAAAUAUAAAUGAUUUGGAUAAUAAUAAUAUUAGUAGUAACAAUGCAUAUACAUUUUAUAAUAUAACUAGAAAUAAUAAUAGUCAUACAUUUAAUGAUAAUAAUUAUGAAUAUAAAUUACAACACUUGAAUUUAGAAGAGACACUAAAUUAUUGUUAUAAGAUUUUAAGAAAUUUUAUAAAGAAUAAUAAGAGCAAAUAUUUAUAUUAUAAUGACCAUUAUAAAAUGAAUAUAUUAAGAAAUAAUGGAACGAAUUAUUUGAUUAAUGAAAUGGUACAGGAUAAACUAGAUAGCGAAAUUAACAUAAAACGAGGUUUAAGAAAUGAGGAGAACGUACCACGAAUUUUUAAUUUUAAUAAUAGUAAUGUUUUAAAAAAGAGAAGGUUUAAUAAUAAUGGGAUUAAUAAUAGGAGACAAAAUAAAAAAUUAAAAGGCAGCACAACAAAAAGUAUUAAUAUUAAUGGUAAUAAUAUUAAUAUUAAUUAUGAUAAUUAUGAUGAAAAUGUAGUUGAUGUAGUACAUCUAAAUGAGCUGGAAGAACAAAAUUGUUUGGAAAAUGAAAGAAAAAGUAAUUAUGAACAUAAUAAUAAUAAUUUUUAUUAUAAGGAUAAUAAAAAAAUAUAUAAUAUAGACAAUUCAAAUAAUUAUUAUCAAAAUAAUAAAAUGUUUAGUGAAAAAAAUAAACAUAAAUAUUUCCAUGGAAGUGAUAUUUGCCUGAAUUGUAUUAACAUCGAACAAAGAAUCCAUUGUUAUAGAAUCGUGAUUUCUAUAUUUAUUUUCCUUUUAAAUCAUUCGAGGUGCAUAUCAGAAUAUUAUAAAUAUAUGAUAGAUGUCGGUUUAAGGAAUGAUGAUUUUAUAAAAAAUCAAAGUGCUACUAGUAAAAAAACAAAAAAACAAUCUGUACAUGUUGAUAUGAAUAAAAAGGAUGAAGAAGGGUUUUAUGAGAAAGAUCCUAAUGUUAGAGGAAACAAAAAAAAUGAAUUAUUAUGUGAAAAUGUAAAAGAAACAUGUGAAGAAAAUUAUCAGGACGAUGCUAAUAAAUGCAUAGAUGGACAAAAUAAUAUAUGUUUGAAUGAUAAAAUCGGAGAUAUUAUAGUAAGCAGGAAUAAAAAAAAGAAGAAGAAUAAAUAUAUAUAUUCGUUUCAGUCAUGUUCAUGUAAAAAAUAUAUAUAUAAAUAUAAUUUUCUAUGUAAUAAUUAUGAAAAGGAUAAUAUAAAAAAAUUGAUGUAUUGCUUUCUAAUUAUGGUCAUAGAAAUUAACCAUAUAUUAAAUAAAAAGAAGAGGAAUUGUGGGAAUAGUUUUAUAAGAAAUAAAAAUAGAGAAAAUAUAGAAAAGAAGAUUAGUCAUAAUAAGAUGAACUUAUGUGCUGAUAAGGAUAUAAUAAUAAUAACUAAUGAUAAAUUGGAAAAUAUAAAUUCUCAUUAUAGUAUAUGUAAUGAUAAAAAUUGGGCAUAUAAAUUAAAAUAUUUCGUAAAAAAUAUUAUUAGAAGGAUAUCUUUGAUAUUAGCUAAUCGUUAUAUACUAAGAAAGGAUUUAAAUUUAAUAUAUAUAAAAAAUCAUAACAACGAAAUGGAUGUAUCUAAAUUUAUUUUCAGCAUGUGUAAUAUAAUUGAAUACGAUCCAUGUUUUAUACAAAUGAGUUUGGAAGGUUUAAAUAUAAUUGAAAAAAUUAUAAGAAGUUUAUUAAAAGUGCAAGCUGUAAAUAUAAAGGAUUGUUUGAAAUCUCCAUUUUUUUGUGAUAUAUGUGAAUGUAUAUUAAAUAUAUGUCGAAAUAAUAAAAUGAAAAAGAAGAUUUUUGGAUUAUUAUUAUUUAUAAAAGUAUUAAGAAUUAUUCCUCCUUAUUGGAUUGAAUACAAUAUAUACGAGAUGAUAGAUACUUUAUUAACUUGUUAUGAGAAGAGUAAUAUAUUAAUAUAUGAUAAAAUAAUACCACGUCUUAUUGAGGAAUGUUUUUGUUUAUUAUUAUCAUCUUUAUUUAUUGGAUAUGUUGGAGAUAUGAAUAUAUAUAUUUUAAAAAACAUGACGCAAAACCAUGAGAAUGUGUAUGAUGAAGAGGAAUAUAUAGAUACUGCGAAGGAUAAAAAUAUGUGUAAUAUUGAGAGUAAGAAUUAUUAUGAUAAAUACAAUAUAUGUGUACGAAACAUGGAAGAGGAUAAUGUUUUAAGGUAUGUACAAGAUAAAAUCAUUAGAAAUAUGAAGGGUAAAGGAGAUUUAUUUUAUAAUUUUCUACACAAAAGGGAGUUAAAUAAAAAUAGGGACGAUACAAUUAAUAAUAAUAAUAAUAUAUAUGAUUCGUGUGGGUAUAAAAAGGUUUAUUUAAAAUGUUCGAAUUUUUGGUAUAGUAAGGAUGAAAUAUAUACUUGGAAUGUUUUAACGGGUAAGGAGAAAAAUCGAAGAAAUAAAAAGGAGAUAUCAAAAAUGGGUAGGAUGUUAUAUAAUAUAUUGAAUAUGUGUAUUAAGUGUUUAUACAAAGACAACAACAAUAAUAAUAAUAAUAAUAAUGAUAAUAUUUAUAAUGAUAAUAUUUAUAAUAAUAAUAAUAUUUAUAAUAAUAAUAAUAUUUAUAAUAAUAAUAAUAUUUAUAAUAAUAAUAAUAUUUAUAAUAAUAAUAAUAAUAUUUAUAAUAAUAAUUAUAUUAGUUAUUAUAAUAAUUAUAAUUAUUAUUAUUACAAUAGAGUAUUUAUAAAAAAGUGCUUUUUUAUAAUAUCAAAAAUAUUAGGAACAAAUAUAAACGAUUUAUUAUUAAUCAAAAAUAAAUUAUCGUUAGAAACGUUAUUAUUUAAAUAUUUUAGCUUAUCUAAUUUUAUAAAAUUCUCCUUAAAAUUAAAAAUAUCUUAUUUAGAUUAUUUAUGUUUUUUUUUAAAUGAAAAACCAAGUAUAAAAUUUGACGAGAAUAAUAUUAGUAACAUAAUUAUUAUUAUUCUUAAUAUUAUUGAAGAUAUUGAAAAGAAGGAUCAAAGAAAAUAUAAAUAUAUUUAUAAUAUUUCAAGUAACAAAAAUAAAAAUAAAAGUAUAAAUAAUAAUAUGAAUUCAUAUGUACAAGGCGCAAAUAAAAAUAAUCAUGCUUAUAAUAGUAUAUAUUUAGAUUUAAUAUAUGACAAAGAACAAAAUGUAGAUUACACUUUUAUAAAAAAAAAAAAUAAUCACGAUGGUGAUGAACAUAGAAAUAAGAAUAUAUAUAAAGAUAAUCGUAAAAGAAAACAUGAUAAAUCCAUUUUUUAUAAUAAUGUAGAUAAGGAUUAUUUAAAAAAUGAAGACCUUUUUGUAGGUUCUCGAAUUCCUGUUGAAACUAAUAAUAAUGUAUUAUUAAAUAUGAUGGAGAAAUAUAAUUGUGUUAAUAAUGUAGAUGGAAAGAAUAUUGGACGUAAGGAUAUAAUUUCAUGUCAUAAAAAUAAAGAUAGGUUUGAUGAAAAUGGUGUUGUUCUGGAUUAUGGAAAUGAUGAAGAAGAAAAGAAGGAUGAUACUAAUAUUAUGAAUAAUUUUAAAGAUGACAAGAAAAUAAAUAAGUUGUCUAAUUCGUAUUAUUCUAUGUAUUUUGAUAGUAAGUUAGAUAGUACGAGGAAUCAUAAUUAUGAAGAGACAAUAAAUAAAAAUAAAAGUAAGGAUAUGUCACAAAUCAAAAUAACAGAUAUGUUUCCUGAAUAUAAGAAUAAAAAGGAUAAUCAUAAUGAAAAGAUGUCGUUGAAUAUUCUUGCUCAAAGUUAUCCUGUGGUAAAUAAGAGGAAAUAUAAAAGUAGUACGUCAUUAAAUAAUAAGCGUGGUAGAAAGGGAAAAAAUAAAAAUAAUAAUAAUAAUAAAAAUAAUGAUGAUAAUAAUAAUAUUGAUGAUAAUAAAAUUGAUGAUAAUAAUAAUGAUGAUAAUAAAAUUGAUGAUAAUAAUAAUGAUGAUAAUAAAAUUGAUGAUAAUAAAAUUGAUGAUAAUAAAAUUGAUGAUAAUAAUUAUAAUGAUGAGAAUGAUUAUGUUGUAGGGAAAGACAUAAAACGAAGGAAAGGAAAUAAUACAAUGGACGAUAAAGAUAAAAGUAUUAAUAAUAAUGAUAAUAAUAAUAAAGAAAAUGAUAAAGGUAAUUACUUUAAAGAUAAUUUCCAUACAGGAAGGCUAAAUAUUUCUAGAGCGUCCACAGAAGGAGGAUAUAAAAAAAAAUCAUUUUUUAGAAAUGCCAUAAAUAAAAUUACUAAUUAUUUUCAUUAUAAUUUAAAAGAUAAAUCAACUUUGAAAAAUGAUGAAUCAGUAAAUGUAAAAUUAAAUGUAAGUCUAAAUGUACCGAUAGAAAAUAAGGUGGACCAAUCAUUAAUAAAUAAUAAUAAUUCUAAUGAUAAUAAAAAUAUUUCUUACAACAAUGGUUGUAUUAACAAAAAUGUAGGACAUAACAUAUCUUAUAAUAAAAUUAAUGUUGUGCGUGAUGUGAAAGAUGAGAAUGGUAAAAAGAAAGGCAAUAUGAAAUUUAUAAGUGAAAUAAAAAGUAUUAAUAAUAAUAAUAAUAAUUAUAAAGAAAAUCAUAAAAAGCUAGGAAAAAAUGAUGAUGAAAGAAUUAAAGAUAAAAUGAACGAAGAAAGGUACAAUGAUGAUUAUCAAGAUGAAAUUGGAAAAAAAAAGUUUAAUGAUGAUGUGGAUGAAAAAGAAAAUGAUGAUGUAGAUGAGGAAGAAAAUGAUGAUGUAGAUGAGGAAGAAAAUAUUGUUAUUGAAUUUUUUAUAUAUUUUAUGAAUUUGUUAAAAAUAUGUUUUGAGCAUCCAUUAUAUAGAGAUCAUUUAUUGUCAAUAAAUAUAAAAAUAAAUAAAAAAACUGUAUCGUUAUAUUAUCGAUGUAUGGAAGUAUUAUUGAAUUUUUUAUUUAACACAGACAAACGGUUAUGUAGAAAAGCUGAAGAAACGUUGAAUAAUAUAAUACAUGUACAUGAAAAGGAUAAGGAUAUAAUAAUAAAACCACAAGAAAGUAUAAGAAUAUUAAAGCGUUAUGAUGAUAAUAUUUAUGGAUUAAUGAAACGAGGUAGUAGAAAUAUUAGAAAGGUUGAUUUGAGGAAAAGUGUACCAAUGUGUAAUCAAACGAGUAGGGAAUAUGAUAUGUGUGAUAGGAAUGGUGGUAAGGAGGAAAAGAAUGAAAAAAAUGGACAGCAUGAAAAAUAUGGAGAACAUGAAAAAAAUGGAGAACAUGAAAAAUAUGGAGAACAUGAAAAAUAUGGAGAACAUGAAAAAAAUGGAGAACGUGAAAAAUAUGGACAUUAUAAUAACACAACGGCCAAUCACAAAUUUAUUAACAUUAUUAAAAAGAAAAAUAAUAUAUCGAUAGAUAGAGGUAUCAUAAAGAAUUUUCAAAAAAAUCACAAUAACAAAAGUGUGAGUAUAUAUAAAGGAAAUAUGAAUUCCACCAAAUUAAAUAAAAAGGAUUUGAAAAUCUAUUUAAAAGGUUUGUUAUGUAAUUUAUCAUAUGUUUUAAAAAAUAAAUCACAUAUAUUAAAAUCAAAUUUUAUCAUUGGCUUAAGUAAAAUUUAUUGUUUAUUCCCAGAUUUAUUUUCUUCAUUUUUAAUUGAAGGAUUUAUUAAAUAUAUAAAAUUAUUUCAUGAACGUAUUGAUGACAAUCCUAUGUAUUAUAAAAAUGUGGAGCAUAUCUUAAAAAUAUUUAGUAAAUUUUUUGUUAUUCCUAAAUUAUCAUAUGAUCAAUUUAAAGAAAUCAUUAAUUUGUUAUUAAAAUUAUAUGAAAAGGAUAAGAAAGGGUAUGUGAAUAAUGAAAACAUGGGAAUAAAUUAUUAUAAACAUUAUAUAAAUAAAAUAUGUAAUGAUGAAAAGAAGAUAAAAGAGAAAGAUAAGGUGGUUAUAAAUGAUUUAAUAACAUUUCAAAAUAUGACGGGGUUAGAAAAUUCUUUUCUUGAAAAAGGUUAUAGAUCAAAUUCGAAACAGUCGUUAAUUACGAGUUAUUUUGAUAUAGAUAGAAAAGUUAGUAGGAAUAUAAAAGAGCAAGAAAUUAAUAAUAAUAAUAAUGAUAAUAUAAAUAUAUAUAAAAAAGAAAAAAACAUUUUAGAAACUGCUGAUAUAUGUUAUAAUAAUCAAAAUAAUAUAAAUGGUUUCAUAAAAACGGCCGAAGAAGAAAAGGAUAUUCUUGAACGUUAUAUAUCUGUUCAUAAUAAUAGUUUAUGUGUAUGUAAUUUAUAUAUAUCAAGUUUAAGUUUGUUAUGUUGUAAAAAUUAUGAACAUUGUUAUAAAUAUUUUCUUUAUCAUCGUAAUAAUGAAAGGAUUUUUUCUUUCUUUAUAUUAUUAUUGGAUAAUAAGAAAUUGAGUGAUCUAAGAAGAUAUGUAUGUAAGAAGUCAUAUUUGUUGAUUAACCUUCUUUUAAGAUAUAUGUCAGAAAUGGAUACACAAAAAAUAUUUUUUUUUUAUAACAUAUUUAGUAUAUCUAUAGUACCUGUGCAUGAUGAUGAUAUGAGAGAUAUUAUAUGUUGUGACUACAAUAAAUUGAGAGAUUUCAUGAAUAAGAAAUAUUAUGAUAAUAAAAAAGAACAAAAUAUAAAUCAAAAUAUAAAUCAAAAUAUAAAUCAAAAUAUAAAUCAAAAUAUAAAUCAAAAUAUAAAUCAUAAUAUAAAUCAAAAUAUAAAUCAUAAUAUAAAUCAAAAUAUAAAUCAAAAUAUAAAUCAAAAUAUAAAUCAGAAUAUAAAUCAAAAUAUAAAUCAAAAUAUAAAUCAAAAUAUAAAUCAAAUUACAUAUGAUGAAUAUAAUUAUUAUAUUAAUAAUUAUGAAAAAUGUGUUUCUUCCAUUAAUAAUGUUGGUAUUAGCCCCCUUCGUAAUAUCCCCUUUUUAAAUAACAUAUGUAAUGUUAUAAAUAUUGUACACACCUUGCUAAAACAUGAUUCUUCUUUUAUUUUUAUUAAUUUUUAUGAGGAGAGAAUUAAAAAGAAUAAAUUAUGUAUUAUUGAAAUUUUGUAUAUAUGUAUAAGUUUUAUGAUAAAUGAAUAUAUGAACUUGAAAAAUAAGAAUUUGCUUUAUUUUGUAAAUGAUGAGAUAUGUAAAAAAUGUGUUAAGGUAUUUAUAAUAUUUUUUCAUUAUACUAGAGAUUUAAUUAUAGACAUAAAAAAUAAAAUAGAAAAUAACAAGGAUAAUAUAAAUAUUACUAAAAAUGAGAAACAAAGUAUGAAUACAUUUAUUUUUAAUAUGAAAAAUGAGAAGGAAGAUCUUUUUGAAGAGAAUAAAAAAACUAAAUAUCUUUUUCAUAAUAUAGAAUAUAAUAAGAAUUUAUUUUAUUUUAGGACGAAUAUAUUUAUUCUAUUAAAUUUUAUAUUAUGUGUACCAAAAAAAAAUAUUGAUUAUACAUAUAUAGAGAGAUUUUUUAAAAAGCAUGCUAUAAAAAGUUUACUUUAUCGAGAAAAGAGAUAUAUCUUUUUUAAAAUAAUAGAUAUAUUACGUAUGUUUAAUUUAUCAAUAUUUCCUAAAUUUUAUGAAACAACAGUGUCAUUUUUAAUAAUACCUAUAUUAAAGGAAUAUGUUAAAUCAAACAGUGGGUUAGAAUAUAUGAACCGGAGUCAAAAUGUAUGUGAUAUAAAUAAAAAUAAUGUGGAUGGAAUGGAUAGUAUAUGUUUUGAUGACAAAUCAUUAUUUGAAGAUAUGAAUAGGAUUGGUAAGAUGAAUGAUGAUAGUAAAGUUUUGAUGUUCUUGAGUACGAAACUUUUUUCACACGCGACCAUAAAUUGUGGUGGGAAUAUAUAUAUGGAAAGACGUACGAGUUAUAAGAGUGAUAUGUCGAGUCCCACAAAUGAAUAUAAUAAUAUGGGAAAUGGUAGUACUAUAUCAGGUAUACAUGAAAUAUGUAGUAAUAAUAAUAAAAAUAAUAUACAUAAUAAAAACUUUGUAAAAACAUACCAAACUAAUGACUCCUUUAAUUAUAAAGAUUUAAACAACAGGCGAGGUGGUGUUAAUAAUGAUAAGAAGAAUAUAUAUAAUACACAUACCAAUAAAAUAUAUGGACCCAUAAGAAAUUUAUUAAAUUGUAGUUUUAUACACAACUUGAAUGAUUUAAGUAGUGGUUUUAAUAAUAAUGUAAAAUCUUCUUAUUGUUUAUUUUAUUUAUAUUAUUAUAAUGAGGAGAAUCAUUUUAAGGCAUAUCCUUUAUAUAAUAAUAAUUAUAAUACUUUAUUUUUAUAUAUAGAAGAAAUAAGUUAUGUGUUGAAAUGUGUAAUAGAUUAUAUACCUAAUUAUAAUGAUAUAGUUAUAAUGAAAAAAUUAAUUAUUUGUAAAAUAUUUAUUGAUAUAUUAAAAAAGUUCAAACGUCAAAAGUAUAGAGAUUUAUUUUUUAAAUAUAUUGAAAGAGAAAAUAAUAAAUAUAUUUUUUAUCCUUUAACAAAUAUUAAACAAUUAUGUAUAAAUAAUAUAAUAAAAAUAUAUAAGCAUAAUAUUUAUGAAUAUAAUAAUAAUAAUUUGGUGAGUCUAUUUUAUUAUUUAUUAUUAGGUUCAGAAAAUAAGCAGUGUAUAAAAUGUACUCCGCACAAUAUAAAAGAAUUAUUUAAAAUGAUAAUAAAUAAAAAAAAAAAUAAAAAAAUAUUACAUAAUAAUAAUAAUAAUAAUAUAUUUAGUACAAAUAACAUAUUGAAAAGAAAAAAUAUGUGGAUGUACUUAUUUAGAAAAUAUUAUAUGAGUUAUAUAUACUAUGGGGAUUAUAUAAUAAAGGAUACCAUAUAUAACGCUAAUAAUUAUUAUGAAGAUAUUUAUAAUUAUUCACCACUUCCUAAUUAUAAAGAUAGGGUAAUUUUUCAUGUUGAUAUAUUAAAAAAUUGUAAAAAUAUCUUUAUUAAUUGUAUUAAGAAAGAAAAAAAUAUAGAUAAAAAAAUAGACAUGAUAAAAAUAAUAUUUAAAUAUAAAUUUGACUUUUUUAAUUUUUAUCCUUAUAUAGUAAAUAUUAUACUUGAUGUUUUAAACAGUAAAAAUUUUGUUAUAUCGUUAGAUAAAAUAAAUAAGUACAAUACAAAUAAAAGAAUCAACUUUUUUAUAAAAUCAUUGAAUAUAAUUAUGGACUUUAUAAAAUUUAAUAUGUUGAUUAAUUGUGUCAAUUAUUUAUUCUUAAUUAAUGAAGAUAAAAUACUUUUGAAAAAAAAUCCAUUAUUUGGUGAUGGUAAUCAAGAAGAAAUAUUCAUGAGGGAUAUAACAGCGGAUGGUUUUGAAGGCAACAUAAUAUAUAAUAAAUUGGGUGAUGAAACAAAAAAAAAAAGAACAAAUGAUGGAAUUGGUUAUGUUGGCUUAUAUAAUGAUAUAAAUGAUUAUGUGUAUAAUAAUAUAUGUAAUGAAGGACAUGAUAAUAAUGAUGAUGAUAAUGAUGAUGAUAAUAAUGAUAAUGAUGAUAAUGAUAAUGAUGAUAAUAAUAAUAAUCAUGUACAUAAUAAUAAUCGUGAACAUAAUAAGAAUUAUACAACACAUUGUUACGAAAAAAAGGAUAAUAUGUUGGUAGACUUACAAAACAAAAUAUAUAACUAUUUUAUGAUAAACAAAAAGAAUAAUAAUAUACAUUUAGAUCACUUUAUAAUUCCUAUUUUUAAUAUAUUAAAAAAGUAUGAUAAUAUUAAUGUCGAUUACGAUUUGUUAAGUAUUUUAUUUAAUUUUAUUAUAUGUAGUAUAAUAAAAAAUGUGAUUGAAUUUUCGAGAUAUGGUGUUACGAAUAAAUGUAUAUCUAUCCUUGUGAGUAUAUUAAAAGCUAAGGUAAAUAUAAACAUUAAAUAUAUGAAUAUUUAUGGUGUGUUAGCAUGUAUAUUAUUCCCUUCUGAGUUUAUAAAACAUAAAACAAAAUGGAAAACGUGUAAGGAUAAAAAGAAUAAAUAUUGUGAUAAACAAAAUAAGAAUGUUUUAAAAAAUAAUUGUGGUUUAAAUGAAGAUAUAAAUAAUGAAAAAGAAAUAAAUAAAAUAGGUUAUAAAAAUAUUAGUAAUAUGAAUAAGAAAAAUCAUAUAUAUGAUUUGCAUAACACAUCAUUGAAACAAUCCCAUGUGAGAAAUAAAAAUCUUUAUAUAAAUUGUAAUAUUUAUAAUGAUUCUAUAUAUAUGUUGAAUGAUUAUUUUAAUACAUCAUGUGUGAAUUAUAUAAAUAUUUAUAAUAUGAAUGUAAUAAAAUGUAUACAUAAAAUAUUAUACGUAUUAAUAUUAUAUGAGAGUAGAGAAAAUAUAUGUAAAAAUUUACAUAUGAUAACUUGUAUAUUUUUUUUAUUAAUGAAUAAUAAAGUUAAUAAUAAAAAGGAAAAAAUGGGUUUGUUCAAAUUAUUAAAUCAUAUGAUGUUGACACAUAAUUUGUAUGUCUCUGGUGUGGAUAAUUUAUUUAGUAAUAUAAAAAGAAAAAAUAAUAUAAAUGAAGAUAUAAAUGAAGAUAUAAAUGAAGAUAUAAAUAAUAAUAAUAUUUUCUCUUAUAUUUAUGAUGAAAAGAAUGAAAAUGUAGAUGUUAAUAAGAAAAUAUUAGAUUUGCAUAAUAUGCUAAUUCUUUUAUGUAUCAAAGGAAUGAAAGAAUAUAAUAAAAAAGAAGGAAAAAAAAAAAAAAAUAUAAUAUACUAUAAUGAUAAAAUAAUGUUUGUUAUAAAUUUAGAAACAAGUGUUUCUAUAUUUAAAGUCUUACUUAAUCUAUAUAAGGAAAGGGAAUGUGUUUAUAAAGAUAUAGUAAAGCAUAUUUUAUUAAAAUAUAUUAAGAGUUUAGAUAGGCUAUCAAAAUAUUAUUUAUCACACCGGAUAAUAAGAAAAAGAUAUAAAAAUAAUAAUAUUAAUAAUAAUGGUGAUAAUAUUAAUUAUUGUGAUAAUAUUAAUUAUUGUGAUAAUAUUAAUUAUGGUGAUAAUAUUAAUUAUGGUGAUAAUAUUAAUAAUGGUGAUAAUAUUAAUAAUGGUGAUAAUAUUAAUAAUGGUGAUAAUAUUAAUUAUUGUGAUAAUAUUAAUUAUUGUGAUAAUAUUAAUUAUGGUGAUAAUAUUAAUUAUGGUGAUAAUAUUAAUUAUGGUGAUAAUAUUAAUUAUGGUGAUAAUAUUAAUUAUGGUGAUAAUAUUAAUAAUGGUGAUAAUAUUAAUUAUGGUGAUAAUAUUAAUUAUGGUGAUAAUAUUAAUUCUUGUGAUAAUAUUAAUUAUGGUGGUAAUAUUAAUUAUUGCGUUUAUGUUCUUAAGAAAUUACUAUUUUUAAUCAACGCAAAUUUAUAUCUUCUUAGUAAGAAAUAUAUAUUUCAAUUUUUUAAUGUUCUCCAAAAUAUUAUAAAGACAAAAAGAAUUAAAAACAAAAAAUAUCAUAAUUUUUAUUUGUUCUUAUUAAAUAUAUUCGAAUACCACCUUGUGAAAAAUACACAUACGAAUAUGGUAAAUCAUCAUUAUAAAGACAUUUUAUGUAAUGAUGAAAAGUCAUAUAAUUCUUUCUCUUUAUAUAAUGAGAGCACUAGUAAGCGAGCAAUAAAAAAUCGUAAAAAAGCAAUCAAUUUAUUUAAAAGAAUAAAAACAAAUGGUUCUAUUUAUGAAAAUUAUAUUAAAUAUAUAAAUAGACGUUAUAAUGACAAGAAGGUUUAUAUAAUAGAUAGGUAUAAUUAUAAACCCUAUGGAAAUUAUGUGUUUUCUAUGGAUAGAUUCAUAUAUAAAAGAAAAAGAAGAACACUCUUGAACAUAUUCAAGGGAGAAAUAAAAAGGAAUUCUUAUUUAGGAGAAUUUAUAAAGAAAGAUAUAAUGAUUAAACAAUCUGGUAAUUAUCAUAUAUUUAAUAUAAAUACGUUAUAUAAUAAAGAGAAUGACAAACUAAAUCACAAUAUAGGUAUUUAUAAUAAUAGACAUAAGAAAGAUACAAUUACUAGUCUAGAUACCGAUGAUACAUUAAGAAAAGGUGUGCAUAAAAGGAAUGAAAGUUAUGAAGAUAUAAAUUAUAAAAAUAUCUCAGCGGAUAACAACAACAACAAAAAAAAAAAAAAAAAUUAUCUAGGAAUACAAGCAAAAAUUUAUGAACAUAAUGAUAUGAAGAAGAUGUUGAAGAGGAAAAAGAUCCAUAACAAAUACAAAAAAUACAAAAAAUAUAAAAAAUACAAAAAAUACAAUAUGUACAAUGUUUACAAUAAUUUGUAUGAUGGGAGUCAUAAUGAUAUCAUAAACCAAGAGAAUAAUCAUACUUUAACAUGUGAAUCAUCUUGUUUCUUCAUAAGAAACCAACAUUUUAAUAAACAUUCUUUGAACAAAAUCAAAUUUAAUAAAAAUGAAACACUUCAGAAAAAGAGUAAAAUAAAACGAAUUAAAAAUUAUAUGAACACAUUUGAAUUUUUAUAUGAAAAGAAUAUUAUGGAAUCUUGCUUAUAUGAAGAUAUAUUUUUUUUUAGAAAUGAAGAACAUACAAAAUUGAGAAGGUAUAGAUAUCCAUAUUUGUGUUCAUAUACAUGUAAUAUUAAAAAUAUAAGUCUAACAUGUGAAGAAAAAGCCGAAAUAAUAAAAGGAUUAAUUAUAUAUGAUUAUAUUAAUGAUUAUUCUUGUUAUAUAAAAUAUUAUGAUAUUUUAUUAAGUUUUAUUAAAGAAGAAAGGAAAAGGACCCACAAAAAAAUAAAGAACAUAGAAAAUGUAAUGAAUAGAACGAUAGAUAUUUUAUUACCAAAUAUUUUAAGAGGAACGUUUUCAUCUUUUCCAAGUAUUCAAUAUACGUGUACACAAAUAUUUAAGAAACAUUUUUUAUGUAAUAAUUUAUUUGGAUGUAUAUAUUUCUUAUUUAAUAAUGAAUAUUAUAAAUAUAUUAUUGAUAAAUAUUUUAUAUCUUUAUGGAUAAAUGUUUUAUUUUCGUUUUUUAAAAAAAAUAUUGAUGUGUAUGUAUCAUCAGAAAAUAAGACACAGGAAUUAAUUCCUUACAUGUGUUAUAAUAAAAAUGAAAGGGGUGAAAAGAUUAAAUGGCCUAAUAAAACUCCAGAAAGAUAUGAACAUAACUUCUAUGUAAACACCCUUUAUGAAUAUCCCAAACGUGUAAAAAGAAAACAAAUACUUCCUUAUAAUGAUAAGAUGAAAAAAUACAAUUCUAAAUUUUCUCUUUGGAAAAUGAAAUUAAAAAAAUAUUGUAUGGAACAGAAAUUAUUUAUUCAUAAAUGUAAGGAAAAAAUAGGGAAAGCUAAAUAUAUGUUUAGAUCAUUCUUAAGCAUAAUACAUUUAUAUAAAGAAUAUUGUAGAAAGGUGUGGAUAGAAUUAUUUCCUCAACUUUUUUACUUUUUCAAUAAAGAGGAAAUAAAAAUAUUGAAUAUGUGUUUAAUACGUUUUCUGAAUAAUUAUAUACAAAUAUAUGAUUCUUUUAAGCUAAAAAAAAAUAAAAUCAUUCGACAGUAUAAUUCUUUGGAAGAGACUCAUAUGAAAAGUAAUUUAAAUAAUUCAUAUGUAAAUAACGAAAAUAUUAAUGUAUUAGAAACAAUUCUUAGUAGUGUGCUAAAAAUUAAUAAGUUAAUAUUUAUACCUUAUGAAAUCAUUUUUUAUUGUUCGAAACAUUUCGGGAUGUAUGAAAUUUGUAGAUAUAUAUUGCAAGCGUAUUUAUACAAUAAUUUAAAAAAAGAAAAAGCUAUGAAGAAUAAGGAUAAGAAAUGUAUAGAGACAAGUAAUUAUGGUAACAAUAAAAAGAAAAGUAACAACGGAUAUGAACAAAAGGAAGAAGACAUAAUUAUAAAUUAUGUAAAUAAUUUUAAAGAACUUGUUAAUUAUCUUAUGGAUAUUAAUUAUUAUUUGAAUUCAUAUGAUAAUAUGUAUGUGUUGAAAAAAUAUUAUAUUAAAAAUGUACAAGUAGAAAAAUUAAUAUUAAAUAACCAUUUUCAUUUUUAUUCAAAAAUAGAAGAUUCAUAUUUGAGUAAUUUUCUUAAUUCACAAAAUAUGAAAUUAAGUAGAGAGGAAAUAAAUAUAUGUAAAGAGAGUUGGAUAGAUAGUUUAAAAUAUUUUAAUAAAACAUCCUGUAUAGAAAGUUAUAUGAAUAUUAAUAAUAUUAAUAAUAAAAAUGAAAAUGUGAAUAAUUCUAUUAUGCUUAAAAAUUAUUUUAAUAAUAGUAAUUAUUCACAAAAUAAAGGUGAUGAUCUAUUUUUUUUUAAUUGUAGUUAUAAAUAUGCAAGAAAUAAUUACUUGAAUAAUUUAGACGAUAUAUAUAAUUUAAUAAAUGAUCAUAUAUAUAUAGAUGAUUACAAUACGAUGAAUAUGGGUUUGUCUGGCGAGAAAGAUAUAUUAGGAAAUCAACACAAAUAUAUAAAUAAUAAUAAUAAUAAUAAUGAUAAUAAUUUUUGUAGUAGUAAUAUUUGUAGUGAUGAUCUUCAUUAUAAUAACUGUACAAAUUCCAAAAAUAAAAAUGAAAAGAUACAAAAAUCAAUUCAUGAUUUUUUUAAAUGUACAAACAAUACAAAUAAAAUAUGUAAUUCAUAUAAAAUAGAUGAGAAAAAAAACUUCUUCCAUAAUAAUUAUAAUUAUAAUUAUACAUAUACCAAUUUGCAUAAUACAAAUAAAGUUGAUGAUCCAUUUUGUUUAAACAAAAUUAACCAAUACCACGAAAAACCUUCUCGGGAGAAACAUAAUUCAAGUUCUGAAAUAAUAAAUAAUAUAAUAAACAAAUUGUACGAAAAAAAUUGUAACCUUGUAGGUUAUAUGUAUGAUAUAGAAGAUAACACCAUGGCACCAAAAAAUGUUAAGGACAAAAUAUUUUUAGAUAACAAUCAAAAGUAUUCUUUACACAUGAGUAAUACGAAUAAGAACACAUUUUUAAAUAAUAAUUUUAAGUUUAAUAUUGAAAAAAAACAUAUAAAUAAAAUGAACCAAAUUAUAAAUAAUGGUAUGUGUAACUUAGUUAAUAAUGUAAAAGAUUUAUUACAUUAUAAUAAAUAUGAAUCUUUAAAUCUGUUAUUUUUACAUUCACAUAUAUUUGAACAUGCUCAUAGAAGUAUAGAGUUAAUUAAGGAAGAUGUUAUUGAACAAAAGAAUGUCAGGAAAAAAGAGAAAGAAAGAAAAUUGUUAAGUUUAUUAGAUAAUUUAUGUAAUAUAUGUAAAAAGGAGCAAGGUCUUUUUUUUUAUGAUAACGAUAUAAAUAAUUUAAACUAUGUAGAUAUGUGGAAAAAUACAUUUUUAAAAAUAUGUAAAAUUAUAUUAAAUCGUGAAACAGAAAAAAAUAAAACAUUUAAUAAUUUGAUUAAUAGUAAUUAUAAUGAUCAUUACGAUAAUUAUGAUAAUGCCCUGCAUUUUUAUAAUCAAAACUUUUAUCAGCAACACCUGUGUAAUAAUACAUAUGGGAAUACAUGUGAUCAUUUUGUUCCUCAUGAAUAUUUACAAAAUGACAAGUCACAUAUCUUAGUAAAUUUAAUAAAAAACAUGAGAGAGAACAAUCGACUGUCCUACAAUUAUUUUGAUAAAAUGUAUGAAGGAUUUCUAAAUUAUAAUAACAAAAAGAUGUCUAUCAAAAAUAAUUAUAUAUAUAACAUUGAAAUAAUAAAAAUGAAUUUAAGAAAAUUAAUAAAUGGAAACAAUUAUGCAGACGUAAUAUUAAACAGUGGCCAAUUUAAUAAUGUAAAUUAUAAUAUGGCUGAAAAAUUAUUAGAUAAAUAUAGUACCAUGUGUGAUGAAGCCGAAUUAUUAAAUGAUAAAAAAAGUAACAACAAAAAAGAAAAAAAGGUUAAAAUGUGUCAGGAUGAUAACUAUUUGUAUAUUACAAAUAUGGAACGUGAAUAUUUUAAUAUAUGUAUUAACCUAAAAAAAUUAAAAAAAAAUAAAUUUCUACAUAAAGUUAUAAAAAAAAUCAAGUGUUAUAUAAAUUCAUUAAAUAUUAUUAACAAUUUUAAUUUUGAUACUUUACCAAUGGUUGGUUAUGAGAAAUUCAGAAGUGAAUUCUUUUAUAUGAAAGGGAAAAUAUUAUGUAAUCUGAAUCAGAUUAUUAUAUUUUUAUAUAAAAAUAAUUUUAUCGAAAUGAAUCCUAAAAACAAUGGUUAUGCAUGUACAGGUCAAUGUAUUAAUAAGGAUGUUAUAUUUGUUAAAAGUGAUUAUUUAAAUAUAAAAACACCUGUUUUUACAAAAGAAAAUAUUAAUUCUGAUGUGCAUUUACUCAAAACGAAUUCUUGUAAUGUUCAACAAUAUGAACCCCCCAAAAAUGAUGCCAUAGACAAUAUUAAAAUUGAAGUUUGUCAUAGUAAUAUACGACCGAAAGAAAAAAAAGACAAACUUCAUAAUAUUGAUAUAAUGAUAGACGAACAAAAUAAUGAUACUAAUGUUAAGAAAAAAAGAAGAUAUAAUAAGAAGAUGUCUAUAAACAAAGAAACGGAAGACCAAAGGUAUGUACAAGAAAUGAAAAAUGUGCAGGAUAACAUUGAGAUAACGAAUAUAGAUUGUAUUAUAGGUAAAGAAAAUAAUAUGGAAGAAAAAAAUAAUAUUUGUAAUAAUCCUUUAAAUAACAAUAAUAUAGGUAAACCUAAUGUUGAUAAUAAUAAAUGUUGUUACAUUAUUGGUCCUGAUAACUGUAAAAGCAGCGAAAAAAAGAAUGUUAAGAAAAAAAGGAAAAAAAAAAUAGAAAUGAAAUUACAUUCUGAUUAUUCAUGUAAAUGUAAUAUGAAACAGAUCAAACAUUUUGAUAGUGAUUUGAUUGAAGAAUGUUUACUUUCGUCUUUAAAAAUUUAUCCUCUAGAAAAUAAUUCAUGGAUUAUUUGGGGAGAUUAUUGUAACAAAUUAUUUAAAGAAAGUGAAAAUAUUUCAUUUUGCUUAAGUUCUAUAAUUUGUUAUUUAAUGUAUUCAAGUUUAAAUAUAAACAAAGGUUAUUAUUAUAUGAGUAACGUAUUGCAUAUGUUAAAUUAUGGUACAAAAGAUAAUAGUAUAUUUCAAGUUUUUAAUAAAUAUAAUGAAAGCAUAUGUCCAAAUAUAUGGCUCUUUUAUUAUCCAUUUCUAAUGAACAAUAUUAACAUAAAUAAAAAGAACUAUUUAUAUUUCCACAAAAUUUUUUAUAUAUUAAUGCGAAAUUUUCCACAAGAUAUUUUUUACGAUUUACGAACAAUACAUAUUUAUAGGAAAAAAAAAUUAUAUCAAUUAAAUGAAAUAAAAAAUAAAACAAAUAAUAAUGGGGAAAUGUCUCUUUGCGAUGGUUCUCAUGAUAUUUUAAAAAUUAAAAAUGGACUUCAAAUUAAUAAGGAAGAACAUAAUAAUAAUAUAUCACACUUGAAUAAUAAAAAUUCUGAACAUGUUCAGGAUAUUUCUGACAUGUGCAAUUUGGAAAAUGGCUAUAAAGAAGAAAUGGCUAGUACUGUAAAAAUUAAUUUGAAGAAAGGAAAAGAUAAAGACAACGAUUUAUUAAGACUUGAUAAUAUAAAUAAUGAUAAUAUAAAUAAUAAUGAUAGUAAUAAUGAUAAUAUAAAUAACAGCAUAAGUAAUAAGAAUAAUAUUUAUUGUUACAAAAAUGAUGAAGAUAAUAAUGCUUGUGCUUCUUAUCAAACUGGCAAUGGUAUAAAAAAUAAUAAAUAUACGUAUCAAUUUGCGGAUAUAUAUAUGGAUGGAUUUGAUCAAUUAAUAAAUGUGUUUAAAAAUAAAUAUUCUGAUGUUUUCUUAUCAUUAGAUUACUUGUGUAAUGAAAUAUUAAAUUAUAACAAAUUUGAAGCUUUUGAAGAAACGUAUCAUAUUAUAAAUAAACUGUUUCAUAAUUGUAUGGACAUUGGGAACUCCGAAAUACAUAUAAACGAAAUUAUGCAGAAUGUAACUAACAAUAUUUUGUAUAAACGAUAUAAGAAAAAAUUGAAAAAGAAUAAAAAUAUGUAUAAUAGGAAAUAUAAAAAUGUUGUUAAAAAUAUGAAUAAGUUUUGGAAGGAAUUUAAAAAGGAUAUAAAAUUUUUAAAAAAAACUGGAUGUAUUGAAAAAUUGAACACAACAAAGAUGAGAAAAAAGAAAAAUUAUAUAAAAAAUAAAAAUAUGGAUAAUUUUAGUGUUAUAAAUGAAUAUUCAAAAAAUAUGUUAUCAGGGAAUGAUAAUUCGCGUUAUAUGUUAUCAUAUUUUAUAGCUUUUUUAAAAAAAUGGAAAUAUAUGUUGUCUAUAUAUUUAUCACAAUUAACUGAAACACAAGCUUUAGAAGAUUGUUCUUAUACGUUAUGUGAUGCAUUGCACAAAUUUGAUAUUCCUAUUGAAUUACCAAAACAGAGAUUGAAAUAUAUUGGAGAAUAUUUAAAUUAUCAUUACAAUUUAAAUACAUUUUGCCCUUCCAAAAUUAUUAAGGUUAAUUCUUCGGUAACGUAUAAUGUGUCAAACAAUUAUAUUUUAAGAAAAGUUAGUUUUUUAACAAACGAUGGAAAUAUUUAUUAUUAUACACAACAACCACGUAAUUAUGUAAGGAAUAAAUCUGAGCAUAAAUUUAUGUUAUUCCAAGUGUUGUUAAAUAAUAUAAUGUUCAAUUUUUCACAAACCAAAAAAAGGGGCUUAUCCUUUAAAAUAAAUUUUAAUACGCAAAUACAUCCAAAUAUUAUAUUAAAGGAACAACCAAAGGAUGAUAUUACCCUUCAUGAAGUAUACAAUGAAUAUAUUUCAGUUCUUAGAAGUGACAAAUAUUCUAUGGAUAAUAUAAUGUUGUAUCACCGAAAUUUGGUUCAAAGUUCUCUUCACAGAUUAUUAUUAAAAGAAAUAGAAAUUAAGUUAAAAUGUGACAAAAAGUAUAUGAAUAUGUCUAUUGAUGAUGUUGUGCAAGACAAAAAUGAUAUUACAGGUUUUACAAAAAAGGAAGGUCAAGACAUAAAUAAAAAAAACAACCACGUCAACAACAACAUUAACAGCAACAACAAUAAUAAUAAUAAUAAUGAUAGUAAGGACGAAUGUAAUAUGUUGUUGAAAAUGUUCUCUUGCCAAAAUGAUUUAGUGUGUGAGACAAAGAACUCAAAUCGUGAAAAUAUUAAUAUUAAUAUUCCUUCAAAUAAUAAAAUACAUUUAUCAAAUCUUGAAUAUUAUUGUUCUUUAACAUAUGAAGAAUUAUUAAAACAUUUUUGCAAUGAAGAAUGGUUUCAUAAAAUUUUAAAAAAAUGUGAAAAAAAAAGUGUAAGAAAAAGUUUUAAGACAAUUUGUAAAAUGAUACCAAAUAAUAUCUUGAAAAAUUACUUUUUUUCUAUACAUAAUAAUAAUAUUGAAAAUUAUAGCAUUUUCCAUGAUCAAUUUGUCAAAAAUUAUUCUAUAUUGUGUAUGUUAAAUUAUGUAUUUUUCCAACUUAAUACUAAUUUAGAUAAUAUAGUUAUAUCCAAAUGUUCAGGCAGAUCAGGGUAUUGUGAAGGAAGACCAUUAUAUAAAGAUUUUACGAUGAAAAAAGAUAUAAAUAGGAAAAAAUUAGCAUUCAGAUUAACAAGAAAUAUAAAAGAAUUUAUUGGAUUUCAAGGAUUACAUGGAAGUUUUCCUUUAUGUUUUUAUUCGUCCAUUAUGGCUAUUAAAAAGAAAAAAAUGGAAAUAAAAAACUUUUUGAAUCUAGCUAUUUCGGAUGAUUUUUUUACCUUACAUGUUCAGAAAAAAAAUAGGAAUUUAAUGGAAAAAAAUAAAGGUAGAAUAAAAUCUGAAUAUAUAAAAGAAAAUGAUAAUGAAAUAUGUAAAAAAACAUUAAUAAAUGAAUACAUAAAGUGUUUACGUAUUGACGAUAUAGAAAAACGAAAUAUAUUAAAGAAUGCUGAAAAUUAUGUUAGUACAAUAUUUGGUCGUGUGCAGUUUUUGUAUAAAAAUAAAUUAGAAAGAAGGAAAAUUGUCAAUACAUUGAAAUCGAAUGAGAAGUCAAAUAUAAAUGUGUACGAAUAUUUUUCGGAUUUACACGAUAUAACAUCUUUAUCAGAAUUAUCAUCUGACAAUAAUAAUGAAUAUAUAAAUUAUGAUGAAGUUGAUAAGAAGAGAGCUCAAAACGUUGGAACACGUGAAUAUAAAAGGAAGAAAAAGGAAAAUGUUGUUCAACAAAAAACGGUAAAAGAAGAAAAACCAGUAAAUAUAAAUAUGGAAAAUGUACAAGAUAUACAUAUAGAUAUGGAUGAAGAAAAUAGUAAAACAAAGGAAUGUACAAAUAAUAUUACAAAUGACGAUAUAGUAAUUAAUUCUCAGAAUGAUAAUAAUAAUGAUAGAAUUAACAAAUUGAUUGACAUGACAAAUAUAGAAGGAGUAAAAGAAAUAAAGAAGGGAGAAAACAAUUCUUGUAAUAAUAAAGGGAAAAGGAAGUAUAAAAAAAAUAUAACUAAUUCAUAUAAUAAUGACGAACGUAAGAAUGUUCAUCAAUUAUUAGAACAGAGGACAUUUGAAAAUAUUAGAAAUGAAAAAAGGAAUAUACAAGAUUGUACUGAACAUGAAAUAGAUGAAGAAGGAAUGAAAAAAGACGAAAACAGCCAUAAUAAUUACAAGCAUGUAAAAAAUUAUGAUAAUAAUAAAUAUAAUGAUGAAGAAAAAAAUAUGAAAUAUAAGAAGAUAAAAAAUAUAUCUGUAGCUGAUAUAAAUAAAUCGGUAGUUGAUCUUAUGGAAAUGUCUAUGGAUAAAAAGAAUUUAAAAAAUGCAAAAAGAACAUGGUUUCCAUGGUUUUAA